AUGGCUCUACAAUACCGUACUGCAUUAUCUGCGGUGAUUCAUCACUGCAUUACAGCAACUGCGUUGACUCCUUCUUCCUGGAUCAGCAAAAGAUGGCGUCACAAGGCAGUGCUGGCCUUUUGCCUGAUGGCUUCGCUGACCUUCCUCCUGCUGAGGCUGCCCUUCUGUGGCCCCAACGUCAUUUCCCACACCUUCUGCGAGCACAUGGGGAUCGCCCGCCUGGCCUGCGCAGACAUCACGCUCAACAUAUGGUACGGCCUGACGGUGGCUCUCUUGACCACGGGAGCAGAUGCCCUUUUCAUUGCCGUCUCAUACGGGCUUGAUCUUCCUCAUUUCUGGGUUCGUGCCCCGGCCCAAACAGGCUCGGCCAAAGCUCGGACCCAAGUGGCUCUCACCUUCAUGGCCAUAUUGAUGUUCUAUGUCCCGGCCUUCUUCUCAAUCUUUGCAUACAGAUUUGCUGUGAACAGCAUCCCUCGCCCAGUUCAUAUCUUGCUGGCCAACCUCUUUGCCAUUGUGCCCCCCAUGCUAAACCCCAUCGUCUAUGGGGUGAGGACCAAGCAAAUCCGGCAGCGCCUGGCUCUGGUGCUUUUUCCUCCUAGGAAACACCACUGA